AUGGCUCUGCCCACUCAACUGCUCUUCUUCUUACCUCUACUUCUCCAACAUCCCACCAGAGCAGACACAUGCAGUGAUUGCUUCACCCAAUCCAGGGCAGCUUACUACCCAAAUUCUGAUAAAACAGGAACAGAGACUGGUGCAUGCGAGUAUGGUUCAUUUGGAGCAACACUGAAUGAUGGGGAUGUCUCAGCAUCAUCAAGUCUUUACAGGAAUGGUGUGGGUUGUGGAGCAUGCUAUCAGGUGAGAUGUACUGAUGCCAAGUACUGCUCCAACGAUGGUGUCAUGAUCAUAAUCACAGACGCAGGAGUAAGUGGCAAUACGGAGUUCAUUCUCAGUCAGCAUGCCUUUGCAAGGAUGGGCCAGAAUGCUGAUUUAGGUGCAUCCCUUCUAUCUCUUGGUGCACUCGGCAUUGAGUACCGGAGGUGUGUGAGAUGUACUGAUGCCAAGUACUGCUCCAACGAUGGUGUCAUGAUCAUAAUCACAGACGCCGGAGUAAGCGGCAAUACCAAGUUCAUUCUCAGUCAGCAUGCCUUUGCAAGGAUGGGCCAGAAUGCUGAUUUAGGUGCAUCCCUUCUAUCUCUUGGUGCGGUCGGCAUUGAGUACCGGAGGUGUGUGUGCCGUUACUGA